AUGUGUUUUAUUCUAUCACAGAGUUCUCACGGUAAGUAAAGUGGUCUGUCUGUGAGUGUUCUCGCUCUCUUGCCUUGGUGUGUUCCCCCCUGUCUUUUGCCCCCUGUCUCGUGAUACCUCAGCUGCUGUGGUGUAGACACGCACAGGUUGAACAGCCACUAGUUUGAGAGACGAAUACCAUUCCACGUAAAAUAAGCACUGUAGUGCAUUGUACCUUAUAUGGUGCUUCUGUUUCAACAAUGCAUAGGAGCAAUAGGAGUGGGGCCCAGUGAAUUGGAAGAGUUCUGUUUUGGUUAAAAGCAUGAAAUAACUUGUUCUGCAUUUAGACCUAUUGUUGAAUGUUGCAAGGAAAUGGUAUCAUUGUAGAAGUUUGGUAUUUUGCCAUAGGCUAUUAUCAAUAAAUAUAUUGUCAGUCUAAACUGUUUUAUUGUGUGUGACAUUCAACAACAUUUCUUAUACGAACAUAACUGAAUGCCUUGACAUGGUGUUUUGAUUAAUAAUGACAUGACUCUGUAUGGGGGAAGAGGGUCAAACUGCUGUCUCAACUGUGUAGUUAAGGUGAAAGCCAAUGAGAAUUCCCCACUGCAUGUUCUUAAAGACAGUUACUGUAAAUUCCAACUUCCUGUACAAAGGUUGUUCCACCACUUUGUUAAAUCACCAAACCCAGUUCCCGUUAGGGACUUUGAGAUGAUUUUAAUUUGAAGUGUUGUUAAACCAUAGUGUGGCCGUUGUGUUCUCUCCUCUCCCUGCAGGGUUGGUGGUGGGCCAGUGUGGGCUGUUUCAGGCCAUGUUCCUAGUGGCUACUUCAUCAUCAGUAUGACCGUGCCAUCUCAACCAAUGGAGCUCUGGACGCAGGAGGGGCCUACUGUAUCCUCCUCACCAGUAUAUACACACACACACACACACACACACACACGAUAACACAUGACACACACAGCUGUACAUGAUAGUCAGAAGAAUAGACAUAUAAUCUCAGGUGAUACAUGAAUGCCUUUCCCACACAAGCCCAUAUACUGUACACACACUCCACCUUAGUGUUAUUUCAGUUUCAUUAAUGUAGCAUUGCAUUCAUCAGCAUAUAGGUAUUUGUGUGUGUGCUAGUGAAUGGCUAAUAUUGUUUUCACUUUAUCUGUAAGACACAUCAUGAGUGUGUGAGAGGGGGAUGUGUGUGUGUGUGUGUGUGUGUGUGUGUGUGUGUGUGUGUGUGUGUGCCUGGGCCUAUUCUUUCAGUGCCUGAUGACAUUCACAUUUUGAAGGCCUUCACUACACUAUAGCCUUAACCCCAUCCUCCCCAGACGUGAUAAGUCGUGCAUUGUGGCCAGAGUUUGGGGGCAGCCUAGGCAUCAUGUUCUUCCUGGCUAACGUGUGUAGCAGUGCCCUCUAUAUCCUGGGUCUGGUUGAGGCAAUAGUAGCAACCUUCGGGCUUCCAGAAGGUAUACAGCCAUACUCUCUCCCUCUUUCUGCUUUGUUUGUAGGUCAACGUUUAUUGGGAUGAAUCUUGUCCUGGAGGCAGACUUGAGCGAUUUCCACUAGAUGGGCCAGCGGCAAAGUCAAAAUUGGCUAUAUAUCGUAAGAAUUGAUGAAAACAAAAAUGUACUUUUUGGUCUUAAUUCAAGGUUAGGCUUAGGCAUAAGGUUGGAAGUGUGGUUAGGGUUAGGUUUAAAAUCUGAUUUUGUGCCUGUGCCAGCUAGUGAAUACCCUGCAGAGCUGCCUCCAGUACAUGAGCCAUCCCAAUAAAUGCCAACCUGCGCUCUGUUUACAUUGACAGACUACCUUUCUAGUAUAUUGUAUUUGAUCUAAAACUAAUCUGAUUUCACAAUGUCUACUCAUGCAUUUCAUGCCCAUUUGAAAGCUUAUUGAAUCACACUGAAUCAAUUUGAAUCAAACUGAAUUGGAGUACCACCCUUUGUGACCUUUCAUGGUCUGUUUCAACUAUCACCCUUUCACCCUCAUUCCUUCACUCCCUCAUCUUCUCAUCUCAUUAACCCCCUCACCUUUUAACCUACUCACCCCCAUCCCUCCCUUCUCUCUCCAGAUGGGGUGAGCCCAGCGGGUUCCCUCCAGGUGUUACCAGCGGGGUAUUGGUGGUCGAUGCUCUAUGCCACUGGCAUCCUCCUCCUCUGCCUGCUGGUGUGUCUGGUGGGGGCAGAGAUCUACGCCAAGGCCUCCUUCCUCAUCUUCUUGGUGGUCAUGCUGGUGCUGGCCACCAUCUUUAUCAGCUUCUUCGCGGUGCGCCCGCGCACCAUCCUCCUGCCCGCCGCCCCGCCCGUCCACAACAGCACGGGGCCACAGCCACCCAACAUGGCCAACUUUACUGGCUUUAAACUGGACACACUGCUGGGCAAUCUGGAUGGUGAGAAAGGGUGUGCGUGUCUGCGCGAGGGGGGCGGUGGUGUGUCUGUGUUACGCAUCAACAUAAGUGUGUGUGCUUAAUGUAUAUGUCAUUCUAAAUAGAAUUGCGCUUGAUUAAAGCUGCAAUAUGUAACUUUUUGUUCGCCCCUACCAAAUUCACAUAGAAAUGUUGUUAUAGAUCUGUCAUUCACGUUGAAAGCAAAUCUAAGAAGCGGUAGAUCUGUUCUAUGUGCGCUAUUUCUAUGCUUCCCCUUAAGUUUAUUUUUUGCGUCUUUUACUUUAGGUUUUGUACACCAGCUUCAAACAGCUGAAAAUACAAUAUUUUGGUUAUGGAAAAUAUAUUUCACAGUGGUUUAGAUGGUACACGAUUCUCUACACUAUACUUGCUUGUUUUCUCACAAACUGAAAUUAGGCUAACUAUUAGAAUUUUAGCAACCUGGAAAUGGUGGAGCAAUUUCUGCAUAGUGCAUCUUUUAAGGAAUUAAUAUAGCAAAAAAGUAUUAAUGUGAGCAUAGGCAAUGUGAGUGACGUGUCAUGUCAGUUAUGCAUAUGGUGACAGAAUUGACUGGUUUUUAUCUUACACACACACCAAUUAUAGGCUUAGCCUCUUGAUUUGCUGAAUGUUUACCAGGGUUGCUGGCAGUGAAAAAGGUAAUUGAUUAUUUAGUUGUAAUUAGUGGGUCUCAUAAAUAUCCUUUGGCUCCCCAUUUCCACCGUAACGUACCAACCUGACUGUACUGAGCUGAAGGAUUUAUAUUCAGUGUGGAAAUCAACCACAUGAUUACUCUGCUAAUCGCCAUAACUCAGUUGCACUGACCACACAGCGCUUUCAAAGACCCUGUUGUCAACAAAAUCACACACACACUUAGACACUUUGUUUGCCACUAUAAAGCUUUCCCUCCAAUGAGAAGGAAGUGGGUUAAAAGUCAAUCUUCAUAUGUAACACAAGGUAUACCUGAACAUGCGAUGGCAAGAUGAGGAAUUUAUGUCCUUUUUGAAUUCUAAGUCCUCCUUAAAGGCAAGAGGCAUGUAUGUUACUCAAUUCAAAAAAUUUUUGUUAAAUAUAUGAAUUUGGGGAGGAUUCGGACAUGAAGCUGAUUGAAUUGAUAUCUACCCCCCCCCCCCCUGUGUUUGCUGUCAUGUUUAACGGUUGCACAGGCAUCAUGGCCGGAUCCAACAUGUCAGGUAAGAAAUGGAUGUCUGAUCAAAGGGGUCGGUCAGGAGUUAUGCAAGGGACCAGAUACGUGUGUGAUUGUGUGCGUGUGUAGUCUGUGUGUGUCUAACCUGGUGUUGUGCUGUGUCCCAGGUGACCUAAAGAACCCUAGCUACUCCAUCCCUGGAGGAACCAUCACAGCUAUCAUCUUCACCUUCAUCAUCUACAAGCUCCUCAGUCUGAUGGUGGCCUGCUCCUGUGACCAGUCACUCACACACGCACGCACACGUUUGGGCAUAAUCUAUGUAGAUGAACACACCUGUAACUCGUAUGUUCACAUACAGAUAUAG